AUGGGGUCGCAGAGUUGGACAGGACUGAGCACGCACGCGCACAAAGGGCUCGAGUUUUUAUUUGCUAAAUCUGGCAGCUGCUUAGAGACUGGCUGUACAGCACUCAGAGCACCGCCCCUAACCAGCCCCCCGGUGGUGACAGGCAAUCCUUUGCUCACCGGGAACGACAGUCCCAUGAAAAUCCUUGCACAAAGGACGCUGGCCUCAUCUACAACUGUGUCCAUGGGGUGUGUUCCUAAGAGUCGCUCAGUCACUCUCUGCCUGGAUUCCUGCGGCCAGGAUGUCAGGGCCGCCACGCCUUAG